AUGUCCCUCUCUGCAAACAUUAGUGUUGAGGCGCCGAUAGAAAAUCAAAUACAGGAAAUAAGCUACGAUGGCGCCGAGACAUAUCAGUUGCCGCCAACGCUUUCGGAGCAUUUGGCGAAAUGUGCGGCCAAGAUAGACUUCAGCAAAACCUCUAGCGACAUCGAUCUGCUGCAGCAGUCGAUCAAAAAGGAAGACGAGAAGAAGGAGGAGGAAUCGAAAGACCCCAAGGAGCAGUUCCAAUCCAGCCUGUGGCCGUGGGACUCGGUGCGCAUGAAGCUGAAGGAAGCGAUGACCGAGAUGUGCGUGCUGGCCGAUGUGGUGCGCAUCUCGAAAGAGAAGCGCUUCAUGGUGCUCGAUCCGAUCGCACAGGAGCCCCCGGAAGUGAAGCCGAUGGUGCUGGUGUACGCACGCAAAAAAGCCCUAGCCAGUGCGGCCAACAUUCUGCAGAGUGGAGUGGAACGGCUGAAGGCAGCGCAGAGUGAUCAGGGUGUGAAUCGAAGCAAUUCGACUGACUUUCACAUCGAGUUGCUGCGCUUACGACGCAAUUGGCGGCUGAAGAAGGUUUCCAACACGAUUAUUGGCGAUCUUAGCUACCGGACCGCGGGCUCAAAGUUUAUGCAUCCAGGAAUGUUUGAAGUGACGAAGGCAGAAGACGAAGAAUCUGGAUCACCGCCCGCCAGUCCCUCCGGAGCUGGCGGCGGGGCAACGGCGUUAUGCCCAAAGAUCAAUUCGGCACUACGUGUCAACGUUCCGACCGAGCUUCAGGGCGUUGCGUUUAUCAAGGUGAUCACGCAGAAAGAUCAGGAGGAUCUCUGCACGGCCACACUGAACAUGAUGGGCUCAACACAGCUUGUACCGCAAGCCGGUGCCUGGCAGCAGACCCUGGAGUACGCCCAAAAUGUGCUCUUUUGCAAAGAACUGUUCAAUCAACUGGCCCGAGAAGCCGUUCAGCUGCAGGCCCCGAUUCCACACGUCGUUGUGGGCAAUCAAAUACGAGCUACGCUGCUGCCUGGCAUCCAACUCAUCAUCAGCUUGUGUCACUCAACGUCUUCCGAUUCAAACAACAGCUCGGAACCGAUCAAGGAUCACGAUCACGUUCUCGAGCACAGUCUGCAUCAGCUGUUGCGUGAGUUUCACCACAAAAAUACCCACCAUCCGUUCCCGCACCCGGCCAGUGGUCCGCUGGGACCGAGCAAGAAACGCAUGCUCGCUGGACCGUCGGCGUUCGAUCGGCACGAGCUGCUUGAAAUGACCAAAUCACAAACAUUACUCGAGCAGAUUAUCGCACAAGCGCAGCACAUUUUUACGCGUCGCCGCACGCAGUACGUACUGGAUACGCUUGCCCGUGACGUGAAAGAUCCGCUCAUCACGUCACACUGGAACGCGAUGAACAGCCCGACAAUGUCGUGUGUGAAAAUCAACAUCACUUCGCAUGGGUAUGAUGCAAAUCUACGGACCUCGCUAGUGAUUCAUGUGAAGGAACGAUCGUUAAAAUGCAUUUGUCGCGAUGGCCGCAUAAUGCACAUGUCCUACGAACCACAGGAACUCCGUGAUUUGAUCCUCUGUCAGAUCAGUCAACAUCAAAUCGUUUGUCUACAAAAUUUGGCCAAGUGUAUGGCCUGGCAAAUUCUCUCCAGCAGCAGCCAUCUCGGGAUCGGGGCGGUCGAGCCGCUCGGAAAUGCUAGUUCGUGUGUGCUUGCCUCACCGAAUAGCGAUCGCUUGAUUGCGGUACAGGUGCGCUGUGAUUCGCAAAUUGAUGUCAAAGUGUACAUCGCCCAGAGUCCGGCCAAGGACUUUUUCCCAGGUUCGCUCGUAAAAACCAAGACACUGCCGCAGAAGGACCACAGGGAAAACAAAGACUUCUCUCUGCGUCGUCGUGUACGUGCGGUCCAAAGGACAAAGAAAAGGCGAGCGAGAGGCGUCACAACAUAA